AUGGCUAUCCACUACUUGAUUCUGCUUUCCCGGCAGGGCAAGGUGCGCCUGGCGAAAUGGUUCACCACCUUGAGCCCCAAGGACAAGGCCAAGAUUGUCAAGGAUGUCUCCCAGUUGGUCCUCGCCAGGCGAACCCGCAUGUGUAACUUUCUGGAGUACAAAGAUACCAAGAUCGUCUACCGCCGCUAUGCCUCGCUCUUCUUCAUCGCCGGCUGUUCGUCUGAUGACAACGAAUUGAUCAGCCUCGAAAUCAUCCACCGAUACGUCGAGCAGAUGGACAAGUACUACGGGAACGUAUGCGAGCUCGACAUCAUCUUCUCCUUCACCAAGGCAUACUACAUUUUGGACGAGAUAUUACUAGCUGGAGAGCUCCAGGAGAGCAGUAAGAAGAAUGUCCUGCGGUGUAUAGGGCAACAAGACUCUUUAGAGGAUAUGGAGUACCUCCCACUUCGCGAUUUCGAUGUCAUCACCUCCGCGCUGAACUUCAGCACGCCCGACUGCCGAGUAACUGGAGGAUGCGAUCUUUAUACGACAAAGGCCGCUGGUUCCGACAAGAAGCUCUACAGGAAUAUUGAGUGCUCUUUGGAGACGCAACAUGCUGCGCUGGUAAGGUUCGGCGCGUCGUUGUCGCCUCCUCAGCGCAAGGAGAUGGCUGCUUCAAUGAACCUAUCGCGCUCCAGCCCUUUUGGCUCCCUCAACGAAAUCUCGAGCCGCCGUACCUUCGCCUACUUGAUUGCGACGCUCAAUGCCAGCCAUCCCGAUUACGAUUUCUCGCAUGUCCUGCGUCCCACAGACUUUCGCCGCGAGAAGGAGUUGCGCCACGUAAUGGCUAGCAUUGACAGUAUGCUGAACAACGUGCGUCCGCACGGCACGUCACUCCUGGCCCCUGAUCCGAACUCAUCGUACCGUGCCUACAGCAGCUCGCCUUCCCUCAAUGCAGCUGGUGGAGGUUUUGCGACCAGUAGCCCUGCUUGGAGUCCCCAGAUGUGGAACAUGAUCGACAAGGAGAUGACUUUGAAGGACUGUACUGCCUUUUCGUAUCAGCCGACAGACGAUCCUUUCGACGGUGACGAGGCCGCUAUAUGGCGUAUGCACUUUUUCUUUUUUAACAAAACCAAGAAACGAGUUGCGUACCUCUAUGUUAGGGGAUUGCCGAUCGUACUCAACUCGCCUGCGCUACAGCCCCAUGGACGAGGUAGUAAUGGCUUGACAAAACGUUACGCCGCUCCGUACUCCAAUAUCCUGGGUGCCAACAAGCGCGCUCGAUUCUGGCUUGGGGACCACCUUGCUGAUCGUAUCGUGGCCAGUGAUGAGGACUACCAUGACGACGACGAGGAUGAGAUUGUCUGGGACCCGGACGAGGAUGUCGAGAUCGACCCUCUGAACGAUCCGGACACAGAAGAGGAGGAAAGCGAUCAGUAUGAUGAAAGUGAAAGCGAGAUGGAAGAAGACGAAGCCAUGCACUCCGUAAGAGGUAUAAGUGAAGACAUUGCCUCUAGAAUGGAGAUGUAG